AUGUCGAGGUAUAGAGGACGAUAUCAUCACAUGACUUCUCCCGCCCAGGGCCGAGUGGGAGGGAUGUCAGACUUUUACUGGCUCAAAACACCCCGUUCCUUCUCCUGCUCUAAGGCGAGUACGCGUCAUUGCGCUUACCCUGCAAUCUCGGCUGAACAUCAGCUGGUCUCGGCUGAAGAUAUGGGCAUGUCAUUUUCAGCAUUAUCAAGGGAGGUGAACAAGAAAUCCGCGCUUACGGUGGCCGGAGAUCAUCUCCCUAUCCCCGACAUCCGGAGGCACGCCCCAGCCGCCACAGUAGGGGUACUGUGGCGGCUGGGGCGUGUAGAGGAUAGUUCCCUCACGCGUUCCACCUCCUUCUUUGCGAGCAUAACUGGUUCGGAGAGGACACGAGGAGAGGGCACGGCAGCUUCGGUAGAUUCCUGUUUCGGAUCCAGCGGUGAAGCACCUGCGUCAUUGUCAGGCGGAUGGAAGUUCAUUAAUGAGGCAUCCUAUGACCCUCCCUUGACGGAUAGAGGCGUUAACUGA